ACGUCAUUCAGAAAUUUUCUGAAAUUGCAUUUUGUUUUCAAUUACCUACUUGCUACAUAAAAUUUUAUAUCUUUAUAGUUUUUAAUGAAUUUAGUUAUACAAAAAAAGUUUGGUAAUAAGUCCCAGAUUACAAUUAGUACGUAUUUCCUCAUGUAAAAGUGAAUUGCUAUAGUGUCGUGACAAAUUGCGUGUUUUCAUAUUCCAUAUUAUUACGAAUAUGCAUGGAAGCCAGAAGAAACAUUAACAAUGUGACUUGUUUAUCAAAAUUUGAAAAAAAUAUUCGACAAUAUUUAGAUGCUUUACAUUCACGUGCUAUUAAAUAUUGUGCCACAAUAGUAUAAAUUUAGCCACGAUGGAUGAACAUCAGUUGUAUGAAGGGACUAUGUUGGAUAUCGAUCCAAUUAUUGAGGAUUUUCCUAUGGAAAUGUAUCAGGGUUGUCUGAGUGUUGACAGCGAGGCAACCAGUUCUAUCAUGAGGCCACCCGAAGAGGGAUCAUUGAAUCAAGACCAAUACAUGAAUAGUCCUCAAUAUGGGGAUUUCAUAGAUCCGGACAUGUUUCUGAAUGGGGUUGUCAAGCGGGAAAGCGAGUCAGACUGCUCGACUGGAUCCAACAGAAAUACUCCAUCUCCUUCGGAUAGCAACAGAAGUUUCGAUUCAUAUCCUUCGAGCGGUUAUGGGUCAUGCAGCAGUGGUCAAAUGCACAAUAUUCUGUUGGACAGCCCUCCUACUUCGCCGGAAUACCCUUCGAAUCCACCACAGAUUGUGACCAUUCCCCAUUUUAAUAACGUAGUUAGGGUAGGGGCAGCACAACUUCCGGCAGUACAGACAUCAUCCUGUCCGAUGAAACUAGCCGAUCUGAAGAAGGUUAAGAUACCCCCAAAAAAGACGAUGUCGCAUAAUAAUGGCAAUCUCGGAUGCGUCUCCAAAACCAUUACAAAGAAAACCAUUAUCUUAACUGCAAAAGACUAUCAAGCAUUAAUUAAAAAUAUGAAGAAUCAACCGAAAAAUGGGACGGUUUUGAUUAAAGCGACGCCAGCUUCAGCGCUUGUGCCCAUUAAAGAUAAGCCUGUGCUCCCGAAACAACUUCACCAUUCACCCACAUCUUUACCGCCGAUGUCAUCCAUUCAAGAAAAGCAUGCGCCAGAAGAACAGGCAGUACCUUCACGUGUUGACCCCCACGCACAAAUGCCCCUAUUGUUGCCAUCAAUCGAUGGUUCUAAUAAUGAACGUGUGCUCAAGAAACACCAACGGAUGAUUAAAAAUCGAGAAUCCGCAUAUCUGUCCAGGGUGCGAAAAAAGGAGUACGUCACCUCACUGGAGCAGCGCAUCGAUGAGCUGACAAAAGAAAAUGUCUACUUGAAAGAUGAAAACGCAAAACUGGUUGAGAAGGUAAGACAAAAAUGUGCAUGCAAUAAAAAUGGAAUAACAUUUGGUAGCAUGAAUGCAAUUACCAAGCAGCUAACACCGAACGUACGUAAAAAUACUGUGAUUGUGCUGGCAAUGUUGUUUAUGGUGUCGUUCAAUUUGGGACCACUUGGAAAUCUGCUGUCUGGCCCAGCAACCAAUCGUGAUUUGUUAGAAUCCACAGACGAAGCACCCCAUCACAAGCGCAAUCUACUAUGGUUGGAUGAUUCCACACUUUUUAACGCACGGAAUGUCGAUGUAAGUCUGAAUAUGAGUAAUUUUGAAGAUCUCUCUUCGUUGGGUACGCAUGGUGAGGAAUCGUUGUCGGUUUGUCCUUUUUACGUGAAUCAAACCGAAAACAUAAGGCUGGCCAGCGAACUGCGUCGCUGGAUAGGCGAAAACGGCUACAAAAAUCUUACCGAUCGGGAUGGAGACGACAUGAGUAUAAACUCCUUUUCGGAAAUGUUCGCCCUGAAGGACACAAUCGAUUCGAUGUAUCGGCAAAUGAAAGAUAUAAGCUCCCAGAUGGAGUCCUUUCAGAAAAGAUCGAAAUCGCAAGCCGGCAAUAGGAAGCGCCUCCAGGUGAAAGGAAAGAAAGUCAGAGAACUGGAAAUAUACCAGAAACAGAAGGCGAGAAAGGAAAGCGACUUGGCGUUCUACUAUUCUGGCUUCGGGAAGAAGUAUGCCAAAUUCUUCGAAGAAAUUGGCCGUCGGGAUGACACGUUCUAUCUGGUUUCGUUUAGUGGGGAACAUUUGCUGCUGCCGGCGUUGGCGUACAAUAAAACAAAUCGCCCCAAAAUGUCGCUGAUGUUGCCGGCAAUGGUGGAUAAUGCAACGCAUUCAUCGGAUAAGGUGACACUGAUGCAAAUCGACUGCGAGGUGAUGAAUACUUCAAUGAUCCAAAUUCGAGAGAAAACAAUUCCGGGCGAUUUGCUUCGUCCACAUGCUAAGCAGGAAGAAAGCUCAACGGGGAGCAAUGAUAACACCAAGAAGACGGAGAGAUCUUCAACUGAAUAUAGUGACAAUAAUGCGCAUAACAUGAGUAGUUCAACCCCUGUGAAGGACAACCAUAAGACUCACUAUAAGCAUCCGUCGGCCAGACCGUUCUUCGUGCAGCGCAUGAGUGAGCAUUUGAAAAGUGAUUAUGAUCUACAUUAGAUUAGAUGAUUUAUAAUUUAAAAAAAAGCUGUUAUUAUUCCGUACUUUGAUUUAUCGUGUUAUACGGCACAAUUUUUGAAAAAUCUAAUAUUAUUGUAACUAACGUGCAAUGCAUCGCAAUACCUACGUGGAAUAAUAAUAGACCGUUUAUUUUCGUUAAACCCAUUUUCCCGUUCUUGUCUAAAUAUUAAAAUUGGCUGUAAUAUUAGAUUUUAGGCAUACAUAAACAAACGCAAACAAUGUUAGUAAUUGAGUAUAAUCGUAGAAAUGCAUUUGGAUACAAACUUUACAAACAUUACUUUAAUUCAUAACAUCAAAUUGCAAAAAAUAAAUUAAUCGAAACUAUCA